UCUGUCCCCGGUGGGAGCCAGGCACCUCCGACUCGCUGGGCUCUGAACCCCAGGCCGGGCCCCCGGAUGCUGCCUGGUGAGCAGCACUCGGGGCUGUUGCAGGCUCCCCUGGACCAGGGGCUCCGUCCCCUGCAGGGAGCAGUAGGUGGAGAGCGGGCAGCUCCCACCGGCUGGGGCCAGUGCCCGCCCAGCUCUGGGGGCUCUGUCUGGCCUCCUCCCCUCCAGCACCCAGGUGGGCUCCCAGCACUGCUCUCUCGGGAUCCACUGGCCUGGACAGCUGCGCACCCCUGUAGGGGUGUGUGUGUGUGCGCACGCGCACGCGUGUGUGCAAUCUUCCAGCCAUGCAUUGGACGUUUUGUGUCCCGCCCCACUCCACUCCUCUUUGCUCCCCCCAUGACCUCCCUCCCCACACUGGGGCCCCCGCUUCAGGGCCAUCUUCUGCCACCUGCACAGCAGGGGUCUCAACAGGACUCAGCCCCAAGCCCCAGCCAGCUGUCCCCUUAGCACCUGCCCUGGCUCUGUCCUGCUUGGCCACCGCCCGGCCACUACCCCCUCAGCUCAGGGGUGCAGCACAGGACCUGCCAGGCUGCUGCAGGGACGUGCCUGGAGCCGGGGAGCCCCCACCUCUCAGCAGGAUCCUGACAUGCGGCCUGGCUUCCCUCGGAAAAACCCCGGAGUCCCGCGUGCCAGCUGGAGGGAGAGGGGAUCCCGAGAAACAAUUUCUUUCAUACUUUCCUCUGGGAGUUUGCUCCAAGGCAAAUUCAAAUUCUGCUGUUUAUGAAGGAAAAAAGAAAAACCCAAGAAACCAACAAUAACCCAGGGCGCUGGCUGGGAGGAGGGGAUGGUUUUUCCUGCUCCUCUUCACGCUGAGGGCAGAAUUCCUGCGGGCGCCCAGCUGCCUGCCGAGCGGGGCCUGGGGGGACUCGGGCUCGGGUUCUGACUUGGGGCCUUGGCUGGGAGGAUGUCGAGUUCCCUGACCUUCUCCUGGUGCCUGGGCUCCUGGAGGCUAUGGCCCUCGGUUGCUGUGACAUCUAGCUGUGGCCUAAGGAGGGGUAGGGACCCUAGGGUGACAAGGCCACCUACGUGCUCGCACUUGGCCCCUGAGACAUUGCGGUGGCCACAGACGCAGACGUGGGGGACACGGAGUGGCUUUGCCUGCUUGGGGGCGCUGUCACUCACGGCCUGCAUCUGGGGCCCCAAACAGCACUGCUUGUGUCCCGGAAGAUGGAGUCUGAGGUUGCUUUCCCGGAACGAAGUUGGGGUGCAGGGGAGCCUGUCCCCUGUCUGCUCCGGGUGCUGAGGUGUCCCUGAGCCCUGGCCCUCACCAAAGCUGUGCUCAGCCUCUUCCAUUCCCUGGGACACCUGCCGUCGUCUGUGCGUCUCCUUUGCUGACGCUUUUCUCGGACGCCAGCCUCACCUGGGUGUCCCGAAUCGGUUCCUCAUUCCACCAUCUUGAGCUUGCCUGGGGUGGUGGUGCGUUCCGCACUCUAGGAGCUGAGGCAGGAGGAUGCCAGGUUUGAGCCUAGCGCUGCUCAAAAUAAAAAUAAAAAAGGCCAGCGUGGGGGCGUUGUGUGCUGUUUAGGGAACUCGUCUCUGGGCGCACAGCUUCUCUGCCCUCUACCAUGCGGCUGAAGGAACCGCAGCGCCCGGGGUACACAGCACCGCCCCAUGCUGAUGCUGUGAGGCAGGGUAUGGUGGGCAGCCCGGGCUGGCCUGGAUCUCACGCAGUCCUCCUGCUUCAGCCUGCCCAGGGCUGGGACGACAGGCGUGCGCCCCUGUUGGGAGCCGCAGCCCCGAGCCCGGUCGCCUCACUUGGCGGACGUGAGGCCUGUAGUAAAGAGUGAGGCCUGAGGUAGAUUACCCCUCCCAUCGAAUAUGUUAGUUUCCUGCUUACCGCGUAAACAACCCGCUCAACAAUAUAGUCUGCCUGGCAACUGAUGAUGUUAGCCAAUCAGCUUGCCUUGCUUACUUUAACAUGAUUGGACACUGUACCCGUAUAUAUACCGGUGCCACCCCUGGGCGGAAGAAGAAGCCAGGUAGAAGCCCGGAAGUAGAAGCCCAGAAGGAGCCGCGGGGAGCGGACCAGAGGAGGCUUCGGCUGGGAGCGAUCCCAGGGCAGGCUGUACGGAGAAGAAAAAUAAAAAGAAAAGGUUGUCCACUACCAGACUUUGUCGUGUGUCCUUCCUGCCGGCCGGGAGCGGACAUCGACAUUUGGUGGCCCGCCCGGGGACUGAUCACCCCCGAGACGUGGAAGUGGACAACGCUCCAGUACAGAGCUGCGAGACAGGUGAGUUGGGGAUAAGCCUGGGCUCUGGGUGGCGCGCACCUACAGGGCUUUUAGACUCCCCUCAGGCUCACGCGUAAGUGGCGGAUUCCUUGGGCCUCACGCGGUGAGUAACAUAUUAAAAGAUGGGAAACAUGUUAGGUAGCAACACUAAGAGCGAGGGUGGUUGUGGAGAAAGCUCUCAAGAGCUUACAAAAGUACGCAGGGUAUCUGAGCAGGCCCAGUCAGGGAGCUCCCGAGAGGGGUCCGUCAAGGGGAACAAGGAUGCUAAGGAGGAGGACGGGGCUCUAGCCUCGGAGUCGUCUGACUCCGAGGACGAGGGAAAGUUGAAUGGCAAGGAGGCCAAAGAGACCAGCUGUCAGGAGCCUAAAUCGCUCAAUAAGGAGUCGCAGGGUUCUUUUCCAGCGUUGCCCCGCGAAUUGCGCUCUGCUCAACCUGGUCUGCGGAGGAGUAGAGAGCUCCUGAGCGCUCCCCGGCGCGAGAGGGAGGCGAAGCCUUCCGCCCCACCUUGGGGGCCGUUUCCGGAGGCGAUUCCUCGCCACGAGGCGGCCGCCUGGGAGCUCCCUCCCCUUUCGCCAGAACAGGAAGUGAUGCACGGGCCCCCAUUUUCCGCCCAAUCACGGCCGCCGUCUUAUGCUCCGCCGCCGGCGGGUCGGUAUUUUUACAGGGGGCUUUGGCAGGGGGGACGCUUGUCUCAUGAGGUACAUCCACCUGGGAUAGAUAGUGGCCCCUACGGGAUAUUUCCUGUACAAGUAGCUAUGGGCCAGGGACGCAAUGUAUGGGAGCCUUUUGAGAUAAAGCAGAUUAGAGAACUUAAAAAUGCAGUUACAACCUUUGGGCCGACUGCGCCUUACACCAUUGCCAUGCUGGAGAAUCUGUCUUCUGGGCCCCUCGCCCCCGCGGACUGGAUUCAGCUGGCAAAGGCGUGUCUGCCCUCGGGCAGUUACCUGGAUUGGCGAGCCUGGUACACAGAGUUCUCUGCCGAGCAGGCUGAGAAAAACGCCGGUCGAGGAAAUGGGAGCUGGGGAUUUAGCUUAGCGGCAUAAGCGCCUGCCUUGUAAGCAGGCAAUCGCCAGUUCGAUCCCUGGUACCAAUAAAAAAAAAAAAAAAAAAAAAAAAAAAAAAAAAAAACGAAAAAGAUAAAAAUAAAAAAUAAAAAAUAAAAAACAAAAAGGGGGAGUAAGCCAAGGCCUGCCUCCAAAGGCGCGGUUAUCUAUGACAGGACAAUGGAUGGGCCCGGAUCCAGUGGUCAGCUGGAACCGAGGCGCGGUUUGUGUUUUCCCACAGGAACCGGGACGAGAACCACUGUGGAUACCGGAGAGACUGACACGGGCAACAAAGCCCUCGACUGAAGAUCAGACCUGCCCUACUGGAGAUCCAUCACAGACCAACCAAUAAGAUGAAUAGAAAUAGCGGUAGCCCGAAAUGGACAAGAAGAUCCUCAGGCAUAUGCAUGGCUUGCUCAAUUGGCCCACGACCGAGUCUAGAUAUGGCGGGCAUCCCUCAUUCUCCUCCAUAAGGUGACAAUACACAGCAGGGUAGGUGAGUCAAUGACGGGUAAGAGCGUGCCUCCCCAGCACGACUCGACCUAAGCCAGGCCCUACCCCAUCCUGCACGUAAGCCGCUGGACUGUUAGAUGCUGCCCAGGUCUAAAUUUCUCUCCGAGGGGAUUUCUUUACGGAGAGGAAAUGAGUGCAAGCUUGUGUGCAUCCAGGUUCCGUCCAGUUUGUGCCUGGCCCUAGAAAAAGGACGAGGGCCUCAGGGCCUUGGCAGACCAUGGGACGGCCGACCAGGGUCUAAGCCAAGGACCUACGGUGGGCCUACGCAUAGGGCAUAAGCCUCUGCACCCAGUCCAGGAAGGGCUACGAUGCGCACAUUCAUAAAAAAUAAAAAAGGGGGAGAUGUUGGGAGCCGCAGCCCCGAGCCCGGUCGCCUCACUUGGCGGACGUGAGGCCUGUAGUAAAGAGUGAGGCCUGAGGUAGAUUGCCCCUCCCAUCGAAUAUGUUAGUUUCCUGCUUACCGCGUAAACAACCCGCUCAACAAUAUAGUCUGCCUGGCAACUGAUGAUGUUAGCCAAUCAGCUUGCCUUGCUUACUUUAACAUGAUUGGACACUGUACCCGUAUAUAUACCGGUGCCACCCCUGGGCGGAAGAAGAAGCCAGGUAGAAGCCCGGAAGUAGAAGCCCAGAAGGAGCCGCGGGGAGCGGACCAGAGGAGGCUUCGGCUGGGAGCGAUCCCAGGGCAGGCUGUACGGAGAAGAAAAAUAAAAAGAAAAGGUUGUCCACUACCAGACUUUGUCGUGUGUCCUUCCUGCCGGCCGGGAGUGGACAUCGACACGCCCCUGCGCCAGCUGCAUUCUUCCCAGGUGGGCAGGCGCAGCCCUAACUUCCCCCUGAGGACGUGUUCAUGGUGCCCGCAGGUUUUGGGGUGCCGUGUUCCCACCGCAGUGACUCUGGGUCCUUUCAUUCUUCCGUGCUCCGCUGAUGCUCCAGGAGGUGUUGUGUGAUCUCUGGGUGUCGGCCCAGCGGCUCUGUCUGAUUUCAAAGCCCUGCUUUUGAUGCCUGCGGGACCAGGGUGAUGGGGGACCCCUGGUGGCCCAGCGGUGGAGGGUCUCACUAAGUUGUCAAAGCCUGGCCCAAACUCUCGAUCCUUCUGCCUCAGCCUCCCGACUUCCAGGAUGACAGGUGUGCGCCACCAGGCACCCAGCUUCACUGAUUCAGCAGGAGGAGUCCGUCCCAUGGGAACGGCACAGCAUGUGGCUUGGAACGGAGGGUCGCGGGCACUGCAAGGCACCCCCUAGCGGCAGAAGGUCUGGGGUGGCCGGGAAAGCCGAGUUUGGCCCUGAGUGAGGAAGCCUGUGUGGUCAGGUCAGGGAGGACACGGGAGGCUCAGGCUGGCCUUCAUCUCCACCUCCUCCCCCAGUCCUGGUGACAGCCUGAGCUGAAGCCGCUGCCGCUGUCACCACCGUCCUCUUUGUCAGUCGUCCUGGGGCCCUCUUAGACCGCAGAGGAGUUUGCAUCUGUGAGUCUACCAUGUGACCUGAUUACCAAAUAAACUCACGCUUUAAUUAGAUUGAAAGAA